AUGAAUUCUCCUCGGAUACUGCAGUUGCCACGGCGCAUCCCUUCGACUCGCACAUUUGUUUCCCCCCGAUCCUCACUGCGAACCCUGAGCACUGGCGCGCAACAGAAUACCUCGGCCCCAUCAUCACCAUGGACACGGCGACUUAUCUACGCCGGCAUAUUCGGAGGUCUGGGCAUUGGAGUUGGGAAAUUAAUAGGGCAAAGGAUCGCGCCACCGCCAGUCCCGGGGUCCCCCGAGGACCAGAGGCAGCUCGAGAAACUCGAACGGGCGUAUGAAAUUGGUCUCCCGCUCGUGAAGCAAUUACGAGACGACCCGGAUUAUGUCGAAUCGGGCGUAUACGAAUACUUUUCGGACGAACAAAAAGCCCACCGUCUGACCUCUGGUCCCUUGGCUGGGAGCAGGGGGCUGGGACUACAGAAAGUAUUCUGGAACGACAAGGAUCAGAAGAUCGUUAGCGUCGUGGCAUUUGGCUCCGGCAUUGAAGGAUGGCCAACCAUGGUGCAUGGCGGUGCACUUGGCACCGUGCUCGAUGAGAAUCUCGGACGAGCUGCGAUACGACGUUUCCCGGCCCGUACUGGUGUCACUGCGAACCUCAACAUAAACUACCGCGCGCCCGUCUACUCGGGUAACUUCUACUCCCUGCAUACAACCCUGGACCAAGAGCGAAGCACGGACCGCAAGGCUUAUGCCAAGUGUGAGCUUCGUGAUAUGACAGGGCGUGUCUGUGUGGAGGCAUCUGGUCUUUUCGUUGUUCCUAAGAAGCUCCGGCUGCGAACUAUUGGAGAGACCUUUUGA